AAUAUGGCCUUUUAUUCCCUUAUGUCGCCUUUAGUUUUGUUGUUUUAAAUAAAAACAGUACAGUGCACUAUAUAAAGCAGUGUCAAAUUAAAGGAAAAGCCAACAGAAAUCAAUCAGCAUGUUGCACCAGAGCAGCUUCGGGGCUCUCUCUUCAUUCACCCUGAUCUCCACAGAGGAUCACUCUUCCACAGGGAUGUUCUCACAUUUUUUGGUAUUUGAUGAUGAAAGCGCUGUCUAACACGCCAGCAUAAACUCUCCCACAGGCCCAAAGGUGAUCAGCUGGGUUUUCAUCCUGGAAGAAGCCACUACUGCCAUCACAGCUGAAAUGUUUCAUCAUGAGAGGAAGGAGAUCACUCAGAGCUGCUGCAGAUCUCCUCACUGCGAGGGGUCAAAGAUCAGGGGUUUUCUUUUAAUUUGCCACCCCUCUUAUAUAUCGCGUUUAGACAGCUUUCAGUGAGUAAAUCAGCUGUUACUAUGAGUCCCACAGUGGUGUGUUGUGUCGUCCACUGGAGUGCACUGCCACCUAGCGCUGGCGUUGGAGAACUGACUGGGGGUUUCUCGGCAUGCAGCCAUGCCGAUCGACAUGAAUAACGUGCUGGCAAAUCCAAACUUCCUUAUUAGAGGUUUUAAAUGAUCCCUGUUGGUGAUUUGGGUUUCGCUGGAAACAAGCUUCCUGCACGCACGCGAACAAAAAACGUGCUGCAGUCACAGUUCGGGAUGUUUUACAGAAAGCAAACAGACACUUUUAAAGAUUUGAAGUUUUUGUAUAGUUUUGAGUGAAGUUUUGUAAAACUUGCUCAGUCCCUGCACAGACAGCUGUAUCCCUUUUCGCCCCUGUCUGCACUCUCAGCACGAUGGACAAUAAACUCCAGAGAUCAAAGGCGCCCCUGGCACCGUGUUAUUACUCCGACUCCCGCACCGAAGGCCCCCCGGGCGCUCCGCAUACCUUUCCAGGCUGGGCAGAGCCGGGGAGGCGCUCCAGCAGCCCUCGCCUGAUCCGGUGGGUGUGCGCUUUUUCUUUUACUGUAUUUAAGCUCUCACAUUUGGCAUCUGAUAGAAUUUUUCAGCGCACCCACUGACACGAUGGCGACCAACAAGGAGGCUCCUCUGGGCUCCAGUGAGAACCCGAUCAAGUUCAAGGACCAGGACUUUGAAACUCUCCAGGCAGAGUGUCUGAAGUCCGGCGUGCUGUUCUCUGAUCCAACCUUUCCAGCGGAGCAGAAGUCCAUCGGAACACCGGAAGACCCGGACCCUAAAAAGGCUAUUCAAUGGAAGAGACCCAAGGAAAUCAGUAAGAACGCUGCGUUUGUCGAGGACACGACUGCAACCACUGAUAUCUGUCAGGGCCAACUUGGUGACUGCUGGCUGCUGGCCGCCCUAUCCUGUCUGACCGCGCACCCCUCGCUCUUUGUGAAGGUGGUGCCACCAAACCAAAGCCUGAGCGACCGUUACGCAGGGAUCUUCCAUUUUAAGUUCUGGCAGUAUGGUGAGUGGGUGGAGGUGGUUGUGGAUGACAGGCUGCCAGUACGCGAAGGCCGUCUGCUCUUCAGCUACUCUCGCAGCCGCAAUGAGUUUUGGAGCGCCCUGGUGGAAAAGGCCUAUGCCAAGUUAAUCGGAUCUUACGGGAGCCUGAAGGGAGGCAACAUUUCAGAGGGGAUGGAGGACUUCACUGGAGGCAUCGCCCGCUCGCUGGAGAUCUCUUCUCGUACCCCUCGAGUCCUCUGGAGGUCCUUGGCUGCUGCUCUGUCCCGAGGGAGCCUCCUCAGCUGCUUUAUCCAGGCCAAGAGCGCCUCAGAUAUCGGCAAGGUGACAGGAGAGGGGCUGAUAAGGGGACAUGCUUACGCCAUAACUGACGCUGACAAGUUGACAAAAACAUCAGAUGAGAUUUUGCUGCUGAGGCUGAGAAACCCCUGGGGUUUUAUUGAAUAUUGCGGACCCUGGAGUGACAAGGGCAAAGAGUGGGAGAACGUGGACCCGACAGAGAAGGAAAGGAUCGAGGUGAAAUGCGUUGAAGACGGGGAGUUCUGGAUCAGUGCCGAAGACUUCUGCAACCUCUUUGAUGUCGUGGAGCUCUGCAGCGUCAAUCCAGACUCUUAUGAUGAAGAAAGCACACCUGCCAGCUGGGCCAUCACCGAACACGAAGGCUGCUGGCUGCCGGGGAGUUCUGCUGGUGGUAGCCGCAAAUAUAACAAAACAUUCUGCAAAAAUCCCCAGUAUACGCUGGUCCUCAGGGAGAAGGAUGAGAAUGAGGAUGAGGACGAUGACGACGACAUGGGGGACGAUGGCGAGGACGAUGAUGAAAUGGAAGAUCAGACUGUGACCCCAGAUUCAAAGAAGAGAGCCGAGAAGCAGAAAGUCAGACGUUGCACGGUGCUGGUGGAGCUGCUGCAGAAAAACCGAAGGCAGAGGGAUAAACUCAACUUCCUCUACAUCGCCUUUCACGUCUAUAAGGUUCCUUCUGAGAACACUUGUCUGGACCGCAGCUUCUUUAUGAAGAAUCGCCCAGCGGGGCGUUCUGGGAAGUACAAAGCUCAAAGAGGUGUGUGGAGAAAGAUGCGUCUGGAUCCAGGUACUUACGUCAUUGUGGUAUCCACCUAUCGACCCAACCUCCCUGGAGAGUUCUUCGUCCGCACUUUCUCCAAGAUCGGAAACACUCUCGAGACUCAAGACUUUGCCUGCACCUCCAGCUUCUCACAAGUGAUGACCGCUCCUGUCUCCUCAGAGGAUCAAGAGAGAGUGGAGAUGACUUUUGACAAGCAGGCUGGCCUAGAUGACAGGCUGAACGUCAAAGACAUCAUGAAGCUGUUCAACUCAGUUCUUGAGAAAGAUUACCAUCUGCCUUUGGAGACGUGCAGAGAGCUCAUCUUUGGAGAGGAUACUAAAGGGCGCUGUGCUCUCAGCCGUGAGCAAGCAGGAACCCUGCUGGCCAGUGUGCGCAAUCUGCAGUCCAUCUUUUCUCAGUUUGAUGAGGACUCUUCUGGAAGCAUGAGCCGCUUUGAACUCAGCUCAGCACUGCAGGGUGUUGAAUUCCAGUGCGAUAACAAGGUGGUUGAGCUGCUGUCUGAGCGGUUCACAUCUGGAGAGCUGGACAUGCCCUUCCACGGCUUUGUGUCAUGUGUCACCAGGCUGCGCAAGCUUUUUGCUCUGUAUGAAUCUGAGACCAGCCAGGAGGUGAAAGACAGAGGGAUCAACUCUUGGCUGCUUCAGUUUCUGACAGUGUGACAGCAUUUCAUGAAAGCUGUUCCACACGGACCCCGAUGAGCUACCGGAGAAAUAUGAGAGAAGCUGCUCUCGCUUGCUUGCUGUGCUGUUGUAUUCUUGCAUUCUUGCUUAACUCCGUAGUCCUAGAAUUUAUAAUCAAAUCCCAUUAUGUUACUCCACAUGUAAUAAAAGCAGUUUUAGAACUGA